UGAUACUCUAUCACAGGGAUAGCGGCUGAAGACCAUCUCGUCAGAUAAGCUCUCAAAAACGUAAUCAAACCAAGUGCCUCCUGUAAGGGAGCCUGUCCUUUGCUGCAGCCAUGGACACCACUACCUCUCUGAAGAUGACGACUGUUGCCGUCCAAAACCUCUUCAGCUACGUCGAGGAGGAGAACCUGUCGGCUAUCAAAGCUCACCUGGACAAAUUUAAGGACGUGGACAGCAGGAGUGAUAGCGGACAGACCCCGCUAAUGGUAGCCGCUGAGCAGGGCAGUUUGGAGAUAGUACAGGAGCUCAUCAGAAGAGGAGCCAAUGUCAACCUGGAUGACAUUGACUGCUGGACGGCGCUGAUUUCAGCGGCUAAGGAGGGGCAUGUGGAGGUAGUGAAGGAGCUUCUUGAUAACAAUGCCAAUCUGGAGCACAGAGACAUGGGUGGCUGGAGUGCCCUCAUGUGGGCAGCCUAUAAGGGUCGUGUGGAGGUGACUCAUCUCCUGCUCGGAAAAGGAGCAAAUCCCAACAUCACUGGUCAGUACAGUGUGUACCCCAUCAUCUGGGCGGCAGGAAGAGGUCAUGCAGAGAUAGUCCAACUUCUCCUGGAACAUGGAGCCAAGGUCAACUGCUCUGAUAAGUACGGUACGACUCCAUUGAUCUGGGCAGCCAGAAAAGGUCACUAUGACUGUGUGAUGCAUCUGCUGGAAAAUGGGGCUGAUGUGGAUCAGGAAGGAGCGAACUCGAUGACUGCUCUCAUAGUGGCAGUGAAGGGAGGCUACACACAGGUAGUAAAGGAACUACUGAAGAGGAAUCCAAAUGUGAACAUGAAAGAUAAAGAUGGUAAUACUGCCCUGAUGAUCGCUGCCAUAGAAGGCCACACUGAAAUAGUGCAGGACCUGCUGGACACUGGCACUUACGUCAAUAUACCAGACAGGAGUGGGGACACAGUACUCAUCGGAGCAGUGCGGGGAGGCCAUGUGGAGAUUGUGCGGGCAUUGCUUCACAAAUACGCUGACAUUGACGUGAGAGGCCAGGACGGUAAGACAGCUCUGUACUGGGCUGUGGAGAAAGGCAAUGCCACUAUGGUGAGGGAUAUUCUACAGUGUAACCCUGAUACUGAAGCCUGCACAAAGGAUGCAGAGACUCCACUUAUCAAGGCCACCAAAAUGAGGAACAUUGAGAUAGUGGAGCUUCUCCUGGACAAAGGCGCCAAAGUGUCUGCUGUUGACAAGAAAGGAGACACCGCCCUCCACAUAGCUAUAAAGGGGCGGAGUCGUAAGCUGGCGGAGCUCCUCCUGAGGAACCCCAAAGAUGGUCGUCUGCUCUACAGGCCCAAUAAAGAGGGCGAGACCCCCUACAACAUCGACUGCACCCACCAGAAGAGUAUCCUCACUCAGAUCUUUGGAGCCAAGCACCUGUCUCCCACUGAGUGUGAUGGGGACAUGCUUGGCUAUGACCUGUACAGCAGUGCUCUGGCUGACAUCCUCAGUGAACCCACCAUGCAGCCGCCCAUCUGUGUGGGCCUGUACGCCCAGUGGGGCAGCGGCAAGUCCUUCCUGCUCAAGAAACUAGAGGAUGAGAUGAAGACGUUUGCUGGCCAGCAGGUGGAGCCAUUGUUUCAGUUCUCCUGGCUGGUGGUGGUUCUGACUCUGUUGCUGUGUGGCUCUGUGGCCGUGGUCCUGGGCUUCACUGUGGACCCAAAGCUGGCCAUCGCUGUGGCCCUCAGCCUGCUUGCCCUGCUCUACAUCUUCUUCGUGUUGGUGUAUUUUGGUGGGAGAAGAGAGGGGGAGAACUGGAACUGGGCAUGGGCAAUAAGUACACGGCUGGCCCGCCACAUUGGCUACCUGGAGCUGCUCCUAAAACUGAUGUUUGUCAACCCUCCAGAGCUGCCAGAGCAGACUACACGUGCUUUGCCCGUUAGGUUCCUCUUCACAGACUAUAACCGUCUGUCGAGUGUGGGUGGAGAGACAUCCAUGGCAGAGAUGAUUGCCACGUUGUCUGAUGCUUGCGAAAGAGAGUUUGGUUUCAUGGCCACCAGACUCUUCAGAGUCUUCAAGAACGACGAGACACAAGGGAAGAAAUGGAAGAAGACGUGCUGCGUGCCUUCUUUCGUGCUCUUCGCUUUGACCCUGGCCUGUCUGAUCACAGGCAUGGCUCUGCUGGCUAUCUUUAAGGUGGACGGCGAGAACAUGACGGUGAACGCGGUGCUCAUUGCCAUGGCCAGCGUGGUUGGGCUGGCACUGCUGCUGAACUGCAGAACCUGGUGGCAAGUGGCUGAUUCUGUGUUCAACUCCCAGAGAAAGAGACUGCACAAUGCCGCCAACAGAAUGCACAAACUCAAGAGUGAGGGCUUCAUGAAGGUGUUGAAAUGUGAAGUGGAGCUCAUGGCUAAGAUGGCGAAGACAAUCGAUGGUUUCACUCAGAACCAGACACGUCUUGUGGUCAUUAUUGACGGGUUAGACUCCUGUGAACAGGACAAAGUGCUGCAGAUGCUUGACACGGUGAGAGUUCUGUUCUCCAAAGGCCCUUUCAUCUCUAUAUUUGCUAGCGACCCUCACAUCAUCAUUAAAGCCGUCAACCAAAACCUGAACAGCGUGCUGCGCGAUUCCAACAUUAACGGCCACGACUACAUGCGCAACAUCGUUCACCUGCCUGUCUUUCUGAACAGCCGCGGCCUCAGCACCGCCAAGAGACUCUGCAUGGCCGCGCCGUCCAACGGAGAGAUGUUAAGCGCAGAGGCAUGUCAUGAGGACAGUGACAGGAAGGUAUCCCAGAACAGUCUUGGGGAUCAGGCAAAACUUGGCAGCAGGACAGCAUUGAACCGCAGGGACACGUACCGCAGGAGGCAGAUUCAGCGUACCAUCACCAGGCAGAUGUCCUUCGACCUGACCAAGCUGCUGGUCACCGAGGACUGGUUCAGUGACAUCAGCCCCCAGACCAUGAGGAGACUGCUCAACAUUGUGUCUGUCACAGGACGUCUUCUCAGAGCCAAUCACAUCAUCUUUAAUUGGGACCGAUUGGCCUCCUGGAUCAAUCUGACAGAGGAAUGGCCCUAUAGGACGUCAUGGCUCAUUCUGUUCCUGGAGGAGACGGAUGGCGUGUCCGACCAAGUUACACUCAAGGCCAUUUACGAGAGGAUUUCCAAAAACAUCCCCACGACUAAAGACGUGGAGCCUCUGUUGGAGAUCGAUGGAGACAUUCGUAGCUUUGAGGUCUUCUUGUCUUCUCGAACCCCAGUCCUCACGGCCCGUGACGUGGAGAUGUUCCUGCCCUGUACCGUCAACCUAGACCCCAAACUCCGCGAGAUCAUCGCUGAUGUCAGAGAUGCCAGGGAGCAGAUGCACAUUGGAGGAGUGACCUAUCCCACGCUGUCCGUGCACGAAGCACCGCCCCGCGGCCCGUCCAUCUUUGGCCAGCACUCUGUGGCCUGUUCGCCCACAGGCUCCUUCACUGGCUCCUUCCCACCCAUGGGGGCAGUGCCCUCCCAGCCCCACAGCAGCUAUUUCAGUGGCAUGACUGGACCUCAACACCCCUUCUAUAACCGGCCCUAUUUCCCACAACAUGUCUAUCACCUGCCACGACAUUACCAUGGCAACCCCCAGCAUGCCCCCUCACGCCCCCCCACCAAACCUGGCUUCCCCAAGGACCCCAACAAUGGACUUUUAAAGUCACAGCCCCUCAGAUCCAAAAAGGGCUCAGGGCCUGUGGUGCCCAGUGCGCCUGCGGUCCUCCUCAGUUCCUUCAGUACAGAUGUUGUGUGUGAGCGUCUCAGACAGAUCGAAGGACUGGACCCCAGCAUGCUGGAGGAGUACACCAGCACCAUCAAGAAGGCUAACGUAAAUGGCCGAGUCCUGUCUCAGUGUAACCUUGAGGAGCUCAAAAAAGAAAUGAACAUGAACUUUGGAGACUGGCAGCUCUUCAGGGCAAUGGUAAUGGAGCAGCGUCACAUAGAGAUGCAGCUGUUGAAUGAGGACUCUCGAGCAUGCAGUGAACAGGGCAGCAGUGUGAUGACUCAGGGGGAGACAGCCAAAUGCUCUGGAGCUCCCCAUGAAGUGGCUGUCAACACAGAGAGCGCUCUCAGAUACAGCCUUAACCUCAGCUUCGAGGAGCUCAGCAACGCCGGCCUGGAGGAACCUCAGAGACACCCCAACCACCAUGGCAUGGCCACUAGUAACAGAACCUCAAGUUUGUCCAGUCUGAACUCUCAGGAGUCAUCCAAUGAUAUCUGCAAACUGACUGACAAGCAGCAGGCUGAGUACCGGAAUGCCUACCAAGAGUAUAUUGCUCAGAUGGCCCAGCUGGAGGGUUCUGGCAGUGGAUUAGAGAAGCCUACACAGCCCCUCCCAGGUCAGUUCCUAUCAAGCAACUCUGAGGACAAGGCCAAGGAGGGAGAGCAGGAGGGCCGCAAGUCCUUCAGCAAGAGAGGAAGCAAACCGAGCGAUGGGGUGGACUUCCCUUCAGCCGCUGACAAUGGGCUGUUACACCCCAUCACAGAGGAGGACGAGAAGCUGGAUCACACCCCCUCCUCUGUAGCGCUCCUCAGCCGCAGGACCAAGGGCCCUGGUCCAUACUACCAUGAAGUACCAAGUGAUGAGGAAUCUGGGGCUGAAGAGUCAGACAACACCCCACUCCUGUGGCAGGUGAAGAGGGAGGAGGCCAGGGCAGCAGAACAGAUAGGUCUCUUGACCAAAGGCAAAGAGUACCUCUCUGACAUCAUCCUAGACAAGAAAGAGUCGUCAGACUCUGGUAUGAGGUCCAGCGAGAGCUCCUCCACUCACUCCCUGCAGGAUGACGAGAGCGUGGCAGUCCAAGUAAAGGAAAAGGAGAAGAAGAAAGAAAAGGAGGUUAAAGAGGAGACUGAGGAAGAGAAACCCGACUUGAUUGAGUUGGUGCUGGAGAGUCCUGUUAAGAAAAGGAGCUUUCCAAGGAGUCUGAGCAGCCUUCAAGACUCCACCGUGGCACGCAUGUCCAUCUGCUCCGAGGCUGCGUCUGAGGCCAGCCUGGCUGCCAGCAGCCCUGAAGAAAGCUGGCCAGUGUCCGCUGUGACUAACCUCAAUCGCACAGCUAGUAACUCCACGCUAGACAACAACAACACCAACACUAACAACUCCCAGCAAAUCCCGCUUCAAACCCCCAGUGCCACCGACAGCCCUGCCCUGAUAAUAAUCCCCAGCUCAGGUGUGGAGACCACGGCUGUGACCAACGAGAACCUCCGCGGCGUCCACCUAAAGAGGACCACAUCUAGCAGCCAGGCACAAACAAGUCACACAGGGUCUGAGCAAGCCUUGCAUGCAGAUGAAAGAGAGAGUGUCCUAUGAAAGACCCCAAGAGCUGAAGAAAUCAGGAAAACACUCUUAAUUAAAAUGACAUGUCCAUUGAAGUAUGACAGCGUAGUGCAAUGAAGUGAUCUGAGCAUUUAUUUGAGCAAAGUCUAAGACGGUUUAGUUAGUUUGAGGCAAUGCUUUUUAAACACACAACAAUAGCGUGUUUCUAAAAUGAACAACAUAAAAAGUGUCGAAGAAAUUCAUACAAAGUCUAGAAAAUUCUGAAUUUUGAACAAGUUGGUCAAUAGAAAACAAUGUUUGUGCAAUUGAUUAGAUGUUAGUAAGUCACUUGUGAUGAACUGAGGUUAUGUAGUGUAGGUGUUGUCUGGGAAUCAUUGUCUUGUCAUGAUGGUGUAAAUUGUGUCCUGUGCAAUGCCCUUACCUAUUCCCUGAUCCAAAGUUGAUAUGAUAGAGACUGCUGUCAGCUUUCAAGAUUAUUUCUUAAACUUGACUAUAGAAAACUCACUGGUUGUAGUGUUGCUGUGAAUUUGUAUUGUGCUCAUAAAUGUUCACUAAUCAUCAGUGAAUUUAAAUUGGAAUAUAGGUGUUGUGUUAAGUGGACUGCCAGUAUGCUUUGCAUGUUCCUCUACUGUCUUGAGAAAGGUUGGAAUUUCCAGAAUUUCCUUG